AUGGCUCAUUCAAAGACAAGGACCAAUGAUGGAAAAAUUACCUAUCCUCCUGGUGUCAAGGAAAUCUCAGAUAAAAUAUCUAAAGAAGAGAUGGUGAGACGGUUAAAGAUGGUUGUGAAAACUUUCAUGGAUAUGGACCAGGACUCUGAAGAAGAAAAGGAGCUUUACUUAAAUCUAGCUUUACAUCUUGCUUCAGAUUUUUUCCUCAAGCAUCCUGAUAAAGAUGUUCGCUUACUGGUAGCCUGCUGCCUUGCUGAUAUUUUCAGGAUUUAUGCUCCUGAAGCUCCUUAUACAUCCCCUGAUAAAUUAAAGGAUAUAUUUAUGUUUAUAACAAGGCAGUUGAAGGGACUAGAAGAUACAAAGAGCCCACAAUUCAAUAGGUAUUUUUAUUUACUUGAGAACAUUGCUUGGGUCAAGUCAUAUAACAUAUGUUUUGAGUUGGAAGACAGCAAUGAAAUUUUUACCCAAUUAUACAGAACAUUAUUUUCAGUUAUAAACAAUGGCCACAAUCAGAAAGUUCAUAUGCAUAUGGUAGAUCUCAUGAGUUCUAUUAUUUGUGAAGGUGAUACAGUAUCUCAAGAGCUUUUGGAUACAGUUUUGGUAAAUCUGGUACCUGCUCAUAAGAAUUUAAACAAGCAAGCAUAUGAUUUGGCAAAGGCUUUACUGAAGAGGACAGCUCAAGCUAUUGAACCAUAUAUUACGAAUUUUUUUAAUCAGGUUCUGAUGCUUGGGAAAACAUCUAUCAGCGAUUUAUCAGAGCAUGUCUUUGACUUAAUUUUGGAGCUCUAUAAUAUUGAUAGUCAUUUGCUGCUCUCAGUUUUACCCCAGCUUGAAUUUAAAUUGAAGAGCAAUGAUAAUGAGGAACGUCUUCAAGUUGUUAAACUGCUGGCAAAAAUGUUUGGGGCAAAGGAUUCAGAAUUGGCUUCUCAAAACAAACCACUUUGGCAGUGUUACUUGGGCAGGUUUAAUGAUAUCCAUGUACCAAUCCGCCUGGAAUGUGUGAAAUUUGCUAGCCAUUGUCUCAUGAACCAUCCUGAUUUAGCAAAGGACUUAACAGAGUAUCUUAAAGUGAGGUCACAUGACCCUGAGGAAGCUAUUAGGCAUGAUGUUAUUGUGUCUAUAGUUACAGCUGCUAAAAAAGAUAUUCUUCUGGUCAAUGAUCACUUACUUAAUUUUGUGAGAGAGAGAACGUUAGAUAAACGGUGGAGAGUACGCAAAGAAGCCAUGAUGGGACUUGCCCAGAUUUAUAAGAAAUACGCUUUACAAUCAGCAGCUGGGAAAGAUGCUGCAAAACAGAUUUCAUGGAUCAAAGACAAAUUGCUCCAUAUAUAUUAUCAAAAUAGUAUUGAUGAUAGAUUGCUUGUUGAACGGAUCUUUGCUCAAUACAUGGUCCCCCACAAUUUGGAAACAACAGAACGCAUGAAAUGCUUGUAUUAUUUGUAUGCCACAUUGGAUUUAAAUGCAGUGAAAGCAUUGAAUGAAAUGUGGAAGUGUCAAAAUCUGCUCCGACAUCAAGUAAAGGAUUUGCUCGACUUAAUUAAGCAACCCAAAACAGAUGCCAGUGUCAAGGCCAUAUUUUCCAAAGUGAUGGUUAUUACAAGAAAUUUGCCAGAUCCUGGUAAGGCUCAGGAUUUCAUGAAGAAAUUCACCCAAGUGUUAGAAGAUGAUGAGAAAAUAAGAAAACAGUUAGAAGUGCUUGUCAGUCCAACAUGCUCCUGCAAACAGGCUGAAGGUUGUGUGCGUGAAAUAACUAAGAAGUUGGGCAACCCCAAACAGCCUACAAAUCCUUUUCUGGAAAUGAUCAAGUUUCUCUUGGAGAGGAUAGCACCUGUGCACAUAGAUACUGAGUCUAUCAGUGCUCUUAUAAAGCAAGUGAACAAAUCAAUAGAUGGAACAGCAGAUGAUGAAGAUGAGGGUGUUCCAACUGAUCAAGCCAUCAGGGCAGGUCUUGAACUGCUUAAGGUACUCUCAUUUACACAUCCUAUUUCAUUUCAUUCUGCUGAAACAUUUGAGUCUCUCCUGGCUUGUCUGAAAAUGGAUGAUGAAAAAGUAGCGGAAGCUGCACUCCAAAUUUUCAAAAACACAGGAGGCAAAAUUGAAGAGGAUUUCCCACACAUCAGAUCAGCUUUGCUUCCUGUUUUACAUCACAAAUCUAAAAAAGGACCCCCCCGUCAAGCCAAAUACGCUAUUCAUUGUAUCCAUGCAAUAUUUUCUAGUAAAGAAACCCAGUUUGCACAGAUAUUUGAGCCUCUGCAUAAGAGCCUAGAUCCGAGCAACCUGGAGCAUCUCAUCACACCACUGGUGACUAUUGGUCACAUUGCUCUCCUUGCACCAGAUCAGUUUGCUGCUCCUUUGAAGUCUUUGGUAGCUACUUUCAUUGUGAAGGAUCUUCUGAUGAAUGAUCGGCUUCCAGGAAAAAAGACAACUAAGCUUUGGGUUCCAGAUGAAGAGGUUUCACCUGAAACAAUGGUCAAAAUUCAGGCUAUUAAAAUGAUGGUUCGAUGGCUACUUGGAAUGAAAAAUAAUCACAGUAAAUCAGGAACUUCUACUUUAAGAUUGCUCACAACAAUAUUGCACAGUGAUGGAGACUUGACAGAACAAGGGAAAAUUAGUAAACCAGAUAUGUCACGCCUGAGACUCGCUGCUGGGAGUGCAAUUGUGAAGCUGGCCCAGGAGCCCUGUUACCAUGAGAUUAUCACGUUAGAACAGUAUCAGCUGUGUGCUUUAGCUAUCAAUGAUGAAUGCUAUCAAGUAAGACAAGUGUUUGCUCAGAAACUUCACAAAGGCCUUUCUCGAUUACGGCUUCCACUUGAGUAUAUGGCAAUUUGUGCACUUUGUGCAAAAGACCCCGUAAAAGAAAGAAGAGCUCAUGCCAGGCAGUGUCUGGUAAAAAAUAUCAAUGUGAGACGCGAGUAUCUGAAACAGCAUGCAGCUGUUAGCGAAAAAUUACUGUCUCUUCUACCUGAGUAUGUUGUUCCAUAUACAAUUCACCUUUUGGCUCAUGACCCAGAUUAUGUCAAAGUACAGGAUAUUGAACAACUUAAAGACGUUAAAGAGUGUCUUUGGUUUGUUCUGGAAAUACUGAUGGCUAAAAAUGAAAAUAAUAGUCAUGCGUUUAUCAGAAAGAUGGUAGAAAAUAUUAAACAAACAAAAGAUGCUCAAGGACCAGAUGAUGCAAAAAUGAAUGAAAAACUAUAUACUGUAUGUGAUGUUGCCAUGAAUAUCAUCAUGUCAAAAAGCACCACAUAUAGUUUGGAAUCUCCUAAAGACCCAGUACUGCCAGCUCGUUUUUUCACCCAGCCUGACAAGAACUUCAGUAACACCAAAAAUUAUCUGCCUCCAGAAAUGAAGUCAUUUUUCACUCCUGGAAAACCCAAAACAACCAAUGUUCUAGGAGCUGUUAAUAAGCCGCUUUCAUCAGCAGGCAAACAGUCUCAGACAAAAUCAUCACGAAUGGAAACUGUAAGCAAUGCAAGCAGCAGCUCAAAUCCAAGCUCUCCUGGAAGAAUAAAAGGGAGGCUUGAUAGUUCUGAAAUGGAUCACAGUGAAAAUGAAGAUUACACAAUGUCUUCACCUUUGCCGGGAAAAAAAAGUGACAAGAGAGACGACUCUGAUCUUGUAAGGUCUGAAUUGGACAAACCUAGAAGCCGGAAAAAGACACCUGUAACAGAUUCGGAAGAGAAAUUAGGCAUGGAUGACCUUUCCAAGUUGGUACAGGAACAGAAACCUAAAGGCAGUCAGCGUGGACGAAAGAGAGGCCAUACGGCUUCAGAGUCAGACGAACAGCAGUGGCCUGAGGAAAAGAGGCUCAAAGAAGAUAUACUAGAAAAUGAGGAUGAACAGAACAGUCCACCAAAAAAAGGUAAACGAGGCCGACCACCAAAACCUCUUGGUGGGGGUACGCCCAAAGAAGAGCCAACGAUGAAAACAUCCAAAAAAGGAAGCAAAAAAAAAUCUGGACCUUCAACAGCAGAAGAGGAGGACGAAGAAGAAAGACAAAGUGGAAACACAGAGCAGAAGUCAAAAAGUAAACAGCACCGGACUUCAAGGAGAGCACAGCAGAGAGCAGAGUCUCCUGAAACUAGUGCAGUUGAAUCCACACAGUCCAUACCACAGAAAGGACGAGGAAGACCAUCAAAAACGCCAUCACCAUCACAACCCCCCAAAAAUGUCCGUGUAGGACGCUCUAAACAAGCAGCUACUAAAGAAAAUGACUCAAGUGAAGAAAUAGAUGUGUUUCAGGGUAGCUCUCCUGUCAAUGAUGAAAAUCCACAGGAAGAAACAGAGGAAGAGGAAGUCUCUACAGUAAAUGUGCGGCGGCGAGGUCCUAAAAGAGAAAGGCGAUGA